CGCCAGUGGGAGCUUCGUCGUUGAUAAAGCUGCGGUAAGGCGCGCAGGAGCCUCGGGCCGGAGUGACCCGAGGAGGAGUCAGUCGGAUGGCGGCAGAGGGGGGAGGCACGGGCACUGGAGGCAGGAUCCGGAGCCGGAGAUAUCACGUGAGCGCUGGGAGAACCCCGUACAGCAGGCACCGCCAGCAAGGCCGCCAGGGUAUCAUCAGCCGUGUGACGGAUACUGUAAAGAGCAUUGUUCCAGCUUGGUUGCAAAAAUAUUUUAACAAGGAUGAUGAGGUGCCUGGUAGAUCUCGGAGCACAAAUGAAGUGGAAGAACAUAUGGAAAAUAGAGAGAAUGAUGUUGAUAACCACAUCUAUGAAGAGGAAGAUGGACCCUCAUCUGCUGAUGGCAGAGUCACUCCGGAGCCAGUAAGGAUUCAAGAAGAUCCAUCCACAAGUCAGUUCACAUUAAAUGUUCCUGACACAUUAACUAGGCCGUCUUUACACCGGCCAAAUCUAAACGUCAACCUCCUGGACUCUCCAGCACGUCAUUGUCAGCCUUCCACUUCCUCAUCCUUCCCUAUUGGCCCUUCUCAGUUUUCACUUGUGAAGGAAAUAAAGGACUCUACCUAUCACGAGGAUGACAACAUCUCCACCACAAGUGGCUUUUCAUCCCGGGCAUCUGAAAAAGAUGUUGUCAUCAAAAGUGUGACUGCCCCCCCUCUGUGGUCUCCCGAAGCUGAUAGAAUACACAAUCUUUCACAUAACUCCUCCAUGAACUCCAAGAAACCAACAUUUAACCUGUCCGCAUUUAGUGCGCUUUCACCAUCUCUUGGAAACACAUCAGUCUCGAAACCCAGUUUUCUUGGUGACUCUCCUUUCUAUCCUGGCAAAACGACGUAUGGUGGCGCAGCUGCGUCACGUGUAUCUAAAGUCCGCAGUACACCAUAUCAGGCCCCAGUAAGAAGACAAGUGAAAGCGAAACCAGCAAACUCUCAGUCCUAUGGUGUAACAAGCUCUACUGCACGGCGUAUCCUGCAGUCUUUAGAGAAGAUGUCAAGCCCCUUGUCGGAUGCCAGGAGAAUACCAUCGAUUUCCACUCCUGUAUCAUUGGCAUCAGAGAAAAGUGUCCUCAACAUAGACCAUCCAUCUAAAAGAAAAAAGGUGGAUUCAACAAACCCUCCAGUACAGAGGCUUGUGACGCCAAAAUGCAUUUCGGUUUCCACAAAUAUGUCCUUGUAUAUCAAGCCUUCACUACCCUCAUCUGCUACAAAUACAAGCAAUCGCAGAGCUCAAAGCAGUGGCAAGCACAAAGAGUCCAGAAAGAAUGAUAUACCUGAUGCACCAUUGCCACAACUAGUGGACAGCCCUUCCUACCCCAGAUUCAGCACGCCAGCAUCCAAUGGUUUUCAUCCAGGAAAAGGUGGGGGUAAAAUGAUGAGGGAGAAAGGAUCUCAUUAUACAACAAAGCCAUCUGAUGAGGAGGUAGAGAUUCCUGACUUACCUGAAGUACCUUUACCAUUAAGUAUGACAGCACUUCCAAUAAUUUCCCUAUGUGCUAAACCUGCAACAACGCUGCCUCCUGUCACAGCUAGUACAUUUUUUAGCACACCACGGGCCACCAACUCCACACAAAAUCCAGAGUUCACAUUCUCGUCGCCCAUUGUGAAAUCCACUGAAUCCAAUGCACAAUCUCCUGAGUUGUCUGUUGGUUUCACAUUUAGUGCACCAGCUCUGAUAGGAACAUCUUUCCCAUCCCCAACUAAUACGACCUCUGCUAUAACCAGUCCUGCUAAAGCUCCUGUUGUGGUUAACAAUAAGACGGCAGAAGAACAUGGUGGAUUCUGUAAACCUGCAAAAACAUUAAAAGAAGGAAGUGUGCUCGACAUUUUGAGGAGUCCAGGCUUCUCUUCUGUGAGUUCCAAACAGACUGCUUCAACUAAAACUUCUACUAAAAGCACAUCCCCUAUUGCAAAGCCUGCAGCGACACUUGGAGAGAGCAACAAACAGGCUCUGGGAAUUUGGUAUUGCACAUGCUGCUUGCUGGAGAACAAGGCAUCUGAUGGUAACUGUGUAGCUUGCCGCACUGCUAAAGAUCUACCUGCCAUUGUCACAAAGCAGUCUGUUACUACUGCACCAAGCACACCUGUAAAAAACACAACUCCUUUGACAAGCAUGCAAGGAUUUGGAGACAAGUUUAAAGUUGCCGCCGGAACAUGGGAUUGUGAUACUUGUUUAGUACCGAACAAACCUGAAUCAACAAAAUGUGUGGCCUGUGAAAAUCCAAAACCUGGGACUGGCCCUAAAGCUGCAUUGCUUUUGUUUCCCACAACAAAGUCUGAUAAACCUGUGGUUCCUACUAGCAUCCAAACAGCUUCUCCAAGCCUUAAGUUUGAAGAACUCGCCAGGAAACCAAUAGGAUCAUGGGAGUGUACUGUUUGCCUGGUGCAGAAUAAAGCAGAGGUUAGCAGCUGUGCAUGUUGCACCUCUCCGAAAUCUGGAAUGUCUGCGCCUAUGAUGCCUACAUCCCUUCAAGCCUCUUUACCUUCCACUCAAGGACAACUUGGUUUGCUGGAUAAAUUCAAGCAGCCUGCUGGGAGCUGGAACUGUGAUACUUGCUUGGUACAAAAUAAAGCAGAAGCUGUAAAAUGUGUAUCCUGCACGACUGCCAAAUCAGGCACCAAAGCUGAGCUAACAGGAUUUGGGUUACCAUCCAUUUCUUCUGAAACUACGCUUCCAACUGUUAAAUUUGGAUUUCCAUCCUCAAACGACUCUGGAGAACUUAAAUCUAUUGCCUCCACAGGCUCUUCAAAUAUAACUGCAGGUGGAUUUUCUUUCCCCAAAUUUCCUGGAGAAAUCAAGUUUGGUAUAGAUUCCUCCAAGUCGGCAGAUGAGAAGAAAGACACAGGUUUGACUUUUAGUUCACAGACUACUACAAACAAUCCAGUUCCAACAACUUUUAAGUUUGGCUUUAGUAACUCUUCAACAGAGAAGGAAAGCACUGUCAAACCAUUGACACAGAACUUCACUUUUGGAACUGUGCCCAGUACAGCCCCAAACGCUGAGAGCUCUGGAAGUACUAAUUUGGUAGCUCAGUUAGCCAAAGAGAAACCCAACGUGACAGCGUCUUUUGGUUUAAAGGAGCCAGGAGACAAGAAAAAUGAAACUCUAGUUGUAAGCGGUUUUACAUUCGGUAAAGUGGAACAAACAGAGGCGGCUACAACCUUUGCUUUUGGAAAAAAUGAUGAGAAGACUGACUCUACCACCACUGGAACCACCAUUUUUGGAUCUAAAAAUGAAGGAGAGCAAACAAAGAAGUUUGUAUUUGGCAAAGCUGAUGCUUCAGCAUCUGCCUCAUUUUCUUUUGGUGUGCCUAAUGCUGCAGACAAGAAGGAAACUGAUCAGACUACAAAACCAGUCUUUACGUUUGGCCUUCCUCCCAAAGCAGCAGAUAACGAAGCCCCAAAACCAGCAUUCAGUUUUCAAGGCAAUGGAGCUUCUGCUGCCACUCAGUCAAGCACUGUUGGAAGUUCUGGUAUAGUGUUUGGUAAUGUUUCUCAACCCAGCACUCAGACCAGUUCUAGCAGUGUAUUUGGUAGUGCGAUUAAGGCCAACAGUACAUCGGGUGGAUUUGGCACUGCAGCUCCAGUUUGUGCCCCCGCACCUUCAGCUAGUAUCCCUCCAGCUAGUGUUGCGGCAUCUUCCAGCACUGGAUUUAGUAGUUCAACUUCAUUGCCUGCUCCCACUGGGUCCAACAAUGUGUUUGGCAGUGCAGCACCUUUGAAUUCCAGCGUUCUAUUUGGAAGUGCAUCUGUGUCCAGUACUCCCACCAGUUCCAACAAUGUGUUUGGCACCGCGGCCCCUGUGAGUACCGCAACUUCUAGCAACAUGUUUGGAAGUGGAGCUCCCACAAGCACAUCAGCAAGCUCCAACAGUUUAUUUGGCAAUUCUAGCGCACCAACCAACUCUUCUACUGGGCCCUUUGUGUUUGGGCAGCCUACCACCACAGCAAGCAGCUCUUUGUUCGGCAGUGCAAAUGAAUCCAAGUCUAACUUUGUGUUCUCCGGACAGGAAAGUAAGGUGACCGUAACGUCUGCGAGUGCAGCUCCAGCUACUGUUACACCAUUUGUUUUUGGAGCAAAUGUCCCCAGUGCAACACCAGCACCUCCAAGCUUUAACUUCACAGCAACAAACACAUCAAAUGUGACAGGUACCAACUCUACUCCAUUUAUCUUUGGUGCAGGUGCAGCAGCCCCUGCUGCGUCUGUUCUUGCUGCUGCCAAUCCGGUCUCGGUAUUUGGAAAGAGUGCCAGCCAGACUAAUACACCAACUUUUGGCUCUUCAUCAUCCUCUUCAUUGUUUCCGGCUAGUUCUCAGCCUGCCCCAGCUUUUGGCUCUUUGACAAACAAUGUCCAGAACCCUCCUGUGUUUGGACAGCAAAGCACCCAACCUGCUUUUGGAUCCAGCAUAGCUCCUAGCGGUGGUCCUGGAUUUCAAUUUGGCAACCAAAACUUUAACUUCACCCCUGCGAAUGCACCUGGAGUGUUCACUUUUGGUUCAAAUCCUGGUGCCACCCAAGCACCGACUGCAAAUUCUGGAUUUGUCUUUAACCAGCACCCCACCUUUAAUAUGGGGACUAAUGGAAGAACUGUAACCCCUUCAUCAAUCUCCACUCGGAAAAUAAAGACUGCUAGACGAAGAAAAUAGGCUUUGAUAUGUUCAAGAUAUUUUUUUUUUUUUAAACAGAUGGUGUCCUGCAUUGUGCAAAUACUGGAGUGUACCUCAUGCUGUGUUUAGUAGAAGUCAGAUCUGCCCAAGGACUAUAUGCUGAAACCCCCCUGCCCCCUCAGACCUCCCUGUAAUAAAACAUUUUGGUGAUGGGAAGUUUUAUUAAAAGAAAUAACCAAUUCUUGUAACUUUCAAUGACCUGACUUGGCAUGAUCUGGCUAUACAAGCAAAUAUAGCCUGCACAGCGAAUGGCUUCUGUAUACCUUUAUCAUCUGCACCACUAUUUUACCGACGCUUUGAAAUUGUAAUUACAAGUGAGGGAUUCUGUAUAGUGUAGAGGAUGACGAAGAUGAAUGCUUUCUAUGCCUCGUUUGUGCUAGUGUAUGUGUGAAGUUGAGUGUAUUGUGCACCAAAACUUUGAUAAAGAUUGAUAAAAGGAUGGCCCUUUGCUCCGGACUUGUUAGAUAUGUAGUUGUACAUCCAAUAAAUAUCUCCUGCCCUUCCCUCCUUUUCUACUUUCAUUCUAUUUUUCUCUCGCCUUUUAUUUUUCCUUAUUUUAUGAUAUUCAUGUAAAUAUAAUUUUGUUUUUCUGCGUACUGUUCAGCAUAACCUUAAUCUGUGAACUUGAAAUUUUUAAUUUUUUUUUUUUGUGUUGCAGCAAAUCUUUUUGUUUAGAAUUCUCUCAGAUUUUAUUAUGUAAAUCUCAUUAUUCAAAGUUGCCUAAUUCCAUAAAAUAGUCUUUAAAGAAAAUUGGGAAUUCUUUAAAGUAUUAGGUUUAUUGGCUUUUCUGAUCCAUUUUUGUUUGGACCAAAAACCAGUAUUGUACAAAGUAUUAAGUAUAUAUUUUUAUAUUUACACAAAUGGACUGUGGUGACUUUGGAUAAUAAGUACGUUUAAUAUUAAAGCCAUGUUUAUUACAGUAUAAUUAACAUGUUAAACCAUGGGAUAAAUGCCAUCAAUAAAAUGAUAAAAUACAAA